AUGGCUCGGCCUAUUCUUACUCUGAAAUUUCUCGGCCCUUUCUCUGGUAUGUCGCGGAGAGGCGGCCUCAUUGGCUCAGGGGCAGAGCGUCUGUCUAGUAAACAGAAGGUCGCUGGUUCGAUUCCAGCAUGA